GGACUGAGGGUGUGGGGUGUAUAGCCAAAUACUCCGCUUUCCCCAGCGUGCACGGCACUAUUCUGCCCAGCUUGGUCUCUCCCUGUUGUAUUUUUUUUGCAAGGUGGUACCCCGUGGAUGGAUCGUGUGUGGUCGCUGUAUCUGGACUCGGAUUCGAAUGAUCGACUCGAACAUGACAGCACUGGUCCCGUGGUGCGUACGAAAAUGGGCGGGGAUAUACUCGGGCUGCUCAUCGUUUCCUGUUUUCUUCCCUCCCUCUCCUGACCGUCGUCGCAUGCUUGCGACGCUACUUAGAUGGAUCGCACUCCGGGCCAUUCCCGCACCUCGUCGGUGAACUCUCACUCGCACUUCCACCAUUCUGCCGCCGCCUCGUCCCGGUACAUACUGGCAGGCAUGAGCUCUCCCAGCCUCGAGCCCCCCUCCGCUCCUUUUGCCGGCCGGCGCGAAUCCACACGCUCGUUCUCCUCUGGCGAUAUCCCGCUGUUGAACAACUCGCCGUCACUCUCCAUCAACUACCUCCCUUCCAAGUUCUCUAGCUCCGUCGUCGGGCGACGCAAGCGCAAUGGCAAGGGCGCCGGCGGCUACAUGGUGCCCAAGCAGGGCGGUGGGAGAGAAGCGUUCAAGAGCAACGAGGCGCGCAUGCCCGGAGAAGGCGACGAUGACUACGAUGGCGUCGAAGUCUUUGGGAACAAAGAGGGCGGUCGUACAAAACCGAAGGCACGGUGGAACAGGUUCAAGUGGUGUCUUUUCCUCUCGAACUUGCUCUUCUCGGCGUAUUCUCUCGCCGGCCUGAUUGCCUGCCUACUCAUCUGGUUCAACGUUUGGACCCAUGCCGACAUUAUCCGUGUCGGCAACACCACCGAGCUCAUCAUCAGUACGACUGUUGCCUCGCUCGCAGUACUCACUUCCGUCAUUGGCUGGUCCGGUAUCAUACUCAACAACCGGGCUUUCCUCGCCUGGUACUCGUUCCUCCUUUGGAUCUGCUUCGCGCUACUUGUUACCCCCGGCUACAUAACCUACAAGAAGCGCACCUUCAACCUCGAGGGCAAGAUCAACUCCCAGUGGUCUCGCUCCCUUGGCCUUUCCGGUCGUCUCCGUAUCCAGAACCAGCUCGGCUGCUGCGGCUACUUCAAUCCCUUCGUAGAGGCGACCGUCAGCCAGACGUGCUUUGCCCGCAGCGUCCUGCCCGGAUGCAAGGGCCCAUACCUCAGAUUCGAGCGCAUGGUCCUCGAGCGUUGGUACACCGCCGCCUUCAGCGCUGUCCCCGCGCAGCUCAUUGUGAUGAUCACCGCGCUCCUGUGCUCGAACCACGUCACGUAUCGGUUCGGCAAGGGCAUGAUGCCCAAGGCAUAUCGCCUCAACAUGAACAGCAUGGCCGUCAUCAUGGACAACUACGCCAGCAACUCCUCCAUCGUUUUUUCUCGGCAAGUUUGGAAUGUGAUGUGAGGCUAUAGGUGGGGGGAGGAGAGAACAGGGUAAUGGAGAAGUGGUGGCUUUUCUUUUUUUUCUUUUUAUUCCUAUACCUACAUCGGACGCUCUAUGACGGCACCGUUGUGUGCAAGGCGCACGGACUCUGAUACACUACAAACACACCCGUUCUUUGUUACUGACUUUCGCGCUUCAGAUACCUUCAAUGCCAUUCUGGAUUAGCUGAC